GCGGGACUUCCUGCGGCCUUAGUAACCGCAUGGUAACGCGCCUGGAAGCCCCGAAUUCCCGCUCACGUUUACAAGAGUCACCCAGGGCCUCGGGGAGCCGUCAGUUAGUCCGCGCCGGUAGCUCACCGCCAGCCCCGCUUUACUCUCUCCUCUCGCAGAAGAAGAUCCGGCGCCAUGAAGAUCGAGGAGGUGAAGAGCACCACGAAGACCCAGCGCAUCGCAACCCACAGCCACGUGAAGGGCCUGGGACUGGAUGAGAACGGGCUGGCCAAGCAGGCGGCCGCCGGGCUGGUGGGCCAGGAGAACGCCCGGGAGGUGAGGGAGGGAGAGGGGAGGGUGUACAAACCAUAGAAACCAAUAACUGUGACAUGUCAGCCCAGAAACGAGUGCAAGCUCUUCGGGACACACUGGUGGAGAGCACCUGGAGCAUGUGUUGUGUUCUAGUUACUGAAACACCCAUCGCUUUAUCGUGAUUGAUGGUCAGUGCAUGAAAUGUGCAAUAAAGAAAACAAUUACUUGCCCACUAUGCCAAAUCCCUGUGCACAUUCAUUAAACCUCCAGUCAAUUAAAAUGUUCAUAGGAAUCUGGGAUAGUGAGCAACUCACGCUUUUUUCUUUGGUUUUUAGUUUAUGUAUUGGUGCAGAUGCAUACUAUAGUCAUUGCUGCUGCCCAGGAGUAGUAAGAGUUUGAGUUGUUAUUAUAAUGUUAAUAUUUAUAGAGCGCCAACAAAUUCCGCAGCGCUUUACAAUGGGUGGUCGAACAAACAUGUAAUUGUAACCAGACAAGUUGGACACACAGGAACAGAGGGGUUGAGGGCCCUGCUCAAUGAGCUUACAUGCUAGAGGGAGUGGGGUAAAGUGACACAAAAGGUAAGGAUAGUAUUAGACUAAUGACAGUUGCAAGAGAUGAAUCAGUCAGGAGCUAUUAACAGUUUAAUUUGCUUUUAUGAAGAAGUGGGUUUUUAAUGAUUUGUUUUGAAGUAAUGAAGACUGGGUGAGCAUCUAACGGAGGAGGGAAGUGAGUUCCACAGGAACGGUGCAGCCCCCGAGAAUGUGCUAGAUACUGCAUUGAAGCACAUUUUAAUGUACUUUCAAGUUGGAGGGAGAAGUGAUGUGUCUAGUGAAACAUGGUGCCAAGCUGAGACAUAUGUUUAUAGCAACAAUUGGCACUGGCACAAACUUGUUACAGUAGUGAGUUCAGUUCUGGAAUUUAAAAGUCUUUUAUAAUCAACCUAACAACGAAAGCUUGGUAUAAUGCUUAUGAGUUGCCUGUGGUUCCCCAUGUGUGUGUUUUUUUUAUUUUUUUUAUUUACAAUUAUUACAAUCUUUAGAUUUAAAAUGAGGCUGUACCUAGUGCGGAGGAGAUAUUUAUUGGUGACUGGUGCUGGGGGUGGGUUAACCCAGCACACCUAGCUAUUAACUCAUCCAAGUUGGACAAAAAUUACGCAGUUACAUAAGGUUCUAAAGCAAGGGUAGGCAAUCUUUUGCACUGCAGAUGUUGUGAACUACAUUUCCCAUAAUGUUAUUUCAGCCAUAAUGCUGGCAAAGCAUCAUUGGAGAUGUAGUCCACAAGGUCUGGAGUGCUGCAGGUUGCCUAAAACUGUACUGAAGAGAGUUUAUACCCCCAAAAUAAAAGCAUAAACACGCCUUCAAGCAUUCACCAAAUUCUCACUGCAGCCGUAAAACAUGACAUUCUGCUUUCAAGACAUUGCUCUUCUGCACUUCAAGGGGAGGGAUGUCACAGAAGCAGGACUGAAGCAGUGCUUAGGGUACUCAGAAAAGUUUUUGUUUUUUUUAAAAAAAACCUUUAUUUUCACACCCAAUUCCAGCAUCAAUUUCCCUCGCUGCUGGGUCUGCGAUCCAUCUCCGCGUUGGGCCCUCCCCAUAAGAAAGCAUUGCUUCAAUGCUUUCCUAUGGAGAUUCAACUGAUGCCGGAUGUCCUCAUGCAGAGGGGAGAGGUAAAAGCUCCUAAGCAGGAGCAUUUGUUAGCGCUCCUUACCAGUGUGCAUCAGCUGAUCGCUGUCAGCCAGUGACUUGAGCCCUGCACCACCAGGCUUAACUCAGACAGAGAGCUGGAAGCUGUCUGUCUGAAAUGGGGAUGUAGUGGAUUAUAACACUAUUUACAAUGGUGGGUAGGGGGCAGAACACUCUUGGUACCAUAACCAAUGCAGCCUUAAACUUAUACAUACCUGAAGUUGUGUACCUUUUCCUUCAACGUAGCUAUCACAUGCAGAUUUGCAUGUAUUGCUCAUAAUGAGAUGUUCUUGUCGUGCACAUAUGACACAAUGGCACUUUCUAAGAAUAAGCAUUUGCUGUAUUGUAGAAAAAUAUAACCUCUCUUCAUACUUGAACUUCGUUUCCUCCACAAUGCAUGCUGGGACUUGUGACCGGCCAUGUUUGGCAUUUUGGGAAUUCGCAGAUAUAUUUGCAGAUAACCAGAACCUGACAAAUUCUGAAAACAUUUUCAGAGUGUCAUAUAUAGAUCACAUUGAAAAAUCUACCUGCCAUCCAUAUGUUUAUGAGCUGAGAGAUUCUCAUGAAAUGUAAUCCAAAUCAUGGAGGAUUAGCCAACAUUAUUUAAAAAAAUAAAAAUCUGCUCUAGUGCGUAAUUGGCAGUAUUUGUUGAUUGGUUUUCAUUUCAUGUGCCUUUUGAUCUUCCAGUGCUAUAGGUUAGGGUACUGGCAAUGAAGCAGUACUAAAUUUGGAAGUCCCUAACACAUUGGAAACCUUGGCAGUGGUGCAGUACACAUUUGGAACGUCCUCUGACAAGCUCAUUCUUAUGGACUUAAGUGCAGUUAAUUGAAGGCAGCAGGCACUUGUUGUGAACCGCAAAAAGGAAUGUUUGUGCAAAAGCAAAUGAUCAAAGGUGUAUGGAUACUAUUCAUUAGUAUGCUCAGUUCAGCUCUUUCCUCCUCAAACGGUAUAAUACAGGGUCAAUCAAGGUGAAAUCAGUUUGAUUGCAUUUGGCCAUAGUAAGCAGACAGGUGCUUGAGAAUUUUCCAGAAUCCACAUUUUGUGUCAACUAACUUUAAGAUCAAUGACAUUUUUUAUUUUAUUUUUUGCUUGUGUACUCUGAAUACUGCACACUACAUAUUUUAGUGGUGUUACUGUGGGGUCAAUAAACUGUCACGAGAAAUGUGUUGAUUCUUCUUUAAAGGAGAUCUGCCACUGACAAUGAUUGUUAUUACUUUAUUUGCUUGUCCACUCUGUCUGUGGGGUAUGGAAAAAGCUAUCUUAACAUUAGAAACCAAUUUAUUUUUGGCAUUGGUGUUUCUUACUAUGUUUGCAGUUGUAUUGACUUCAAGUCAAGUCCAGUGCUUCGGGGACAUAGAGCGCAUGCAUCACUUGCCUCUUUGAGAGAAGCAUUGGACGUGACUUCAUCAUGCUUUGUGUGAAGAUCUUGAAAAUAAAAGGUGUUCAAUGGGGAACAAUAAAUCUGACAGCAACUUGAGUGUUUUUAGGUAAAAACCAAACAUUUCUGUAAAUUAAACUCAGUCCUCAACCAGAUUGCAUAAAUAUUUAAUAUUACUCGAUUUCAUUAAGUGACAUUUAAAACAUCCUUAUAACGUUUUUUUUUUGUAUAUAUUCUAUUAUAUUAUGUAAAUGUGUGCUGGGGGCUGGUUGUACCCACAGGAUACGUGACUUAGGCAGCCAAGAACUCCGUGCUUCCAGUGUCAAUUCUGUGCAUAAAAUAUGUCAGCGCACACUACUCACUAGCGGCAGACGUGAUUUUCUUCUUGCAGGCAGAGCAUCUACAAGGGAAAGAUUGCAAUCCUCUACCUCCUUUGCACCCAAAAGCACUUCCUACAGUCUACCGCCAUUGCCCUCAGAAUAAAAAUAUUUCAAAAGGCAGCUCCUGCUCUUUGAACUGGCGAAACUGAUUAAUCAGUCUGCAAACGGCCCCUGUGAGAUGUAGGUGGGGGGUGCAAUAAUCCGUGUUGGGAGCUUCGUCUGGCAGUCUCUAGAGGUGUUUCUUGGGUCAGUACUUGAUAGAGUGCAGCACUGACGUUCAGCUUCUCGACGCAUAGCGCAGAGAUGCUGAACAUUUCUCAUAGAGAUGCAUUCAAUGCAUCUCUGUGAGGAGAUGCUGGGGGGGGGCGGCUUACAUGUGUGUUGUUGUUUUUUUGUGUGUGUGUGUGUGUGUGUGUGUUUUAUUUAUUUUUUUUAUUUUAUUUUUUUUAAAGGACCCUAUAGUCACCAGAACUACAGCUUAAUGUAGUUGUUCUGGUAAGUAUAAUAGCUCCCUUCAGGCAUUUUCAUGUAAGCACUGCCUUUUCAGGGGCACCUCCAAGUGGCAACUCCUCAGAUGGCCACUGGAGGGGCUUACUGGCUCAGGGCUGCACAGUAAGCAGCUCUGCCAUUCAGCGUCCCCACACUCUGCAUGGAAACGCUGAAUUUUUCUCAUAGAAUUGCAUUGAUUUAAUGCAUCUCUAUGAGGAAGUCCUGAUUGGCCAAAAUGCAUUUGGCCCUGCCCUGUGCCAUUUUAGCCAAUCCAAUGCUUUCCUUAUGGGAAAGCAUUGGAUUGGCUAAAAAUCGGCCAGUUUGGUGUCACAAAGGGGGUAGGGCCCGCGGCGGCAGACCCGUACAGCGCUGGAAAUAAGGUGAGUUUUAAUCUUUUAUAGGGGAGCUAAAGGGGGGCAAGCCACCUAAACGGUGGGUUUAGCACUAUAGGGUCAGGAAUACAUGUUUGUGUUCCUGACACUAUCUUGAUCCUUUAACACUUGUAUUCCUGACUCUAUAGUGUUCUUUUAAUCAAUCAUCAUAUCUUAAAAUAUACCCAAAUUAAAUUGCAUGUUAUAUAGCCUGAUGAAGAAUGGUUUCAAACCUGUUCUCAUACAGUAACAUAAGGUGUCAGUUAUGUUAAAAGCUACAAUGUAUAACUAUCUAAACACAUUUCUUUCGAUAGUGACAACCAAGCAAUAAAUAAGGAGCAAAGAAGCAAAUUAUAUAGAAGUAUUUGUUUAAUCUUGACCUAUCUCUUAAACCAAACACCGCAAUUGAUCAUUAGACAGCCCUUGAUCGAUUUAAAAAAAAAAAAAAUGCAAUGUCAUUCUGGUAUAAGGUAUGCAAAAACGUUUCACCCAGAUUUGUACAGCACUACGAAAUUUGCUGGCGCUAUAUAAAAAAAACAUUUUACUCCAUGCAGACCACACUCUAUGUAUGUAAUCAGGAGAGCCAGGAAAUAUAUUUUGGCAUUUGUGUUCUGUCAAUUGGUCUUUUAAUGAGCAAAGCCAUCUUCUCUAUUAUUUUGUAUGUUGUUUACAUGUUGUCAAAUAUCCUAAUUUUAGAAUUGUAAAGUGCUGUGAAAUAUGUUGGUGUUUAUAGAAAUGGUAAUAAUUAUAACUGAAAGAGAGAAGAAAUUUAUAAGAGCACACAGAAUGUUCUACACAUUUACAUAAAUUUUACAUGGUCAUAUAUGAGCAACCUGACCCCUGCUAUAAAUAAAGCUGCUUUUCCCAAUUUCAAAGAAUAAUUUCUUUAGAGUCCCUGUGGGCACCAUUAUAACUUCAUUGAUAUGAAGUUGUAAUGGUGCCAGGAUGUCCCUGGCGUGGACUUCCUCUUUAGGAGUUAAACUAACACAAAUGGUUUAACCCCAAAGUCUCUACUUCAGUACUGGAUCGCUGUGCCUCCCCUUGCCUCCAACAUCAAUUUGCUGGAAAACUUGUAAAAGGAAGCUAGGAGAGCUGCAGGCAGGGGCACCAUAAAUUGGCUUAGAGCAUUCAGCUGGUGCUCUUAGCCAGUUAGUGGCUCCUCAUUCAGAAAAAUGGCUUGAGUAGCCACCGAUCUAAGCCAAUCAGCAGCACCCCAGCCUGCGCCAUGACCAUGGCUUGUGUGGGUUUUUUUUUUGGUUUUUUUUAAGCUUUUCAGCAAGUUGAUGGGGGCUGAGUGGUCCGGCACUGGAGAGGAGACUUUGAGGUUAAGCCAUUUGGACGGUAAGCCAGUGUCUGAGACCUCUUGGCACUAUUACAACUUUAUAUCAAUGAACGUUUGAUAUAACGUUUAAAUUGAAAACAAAACUGGUUCUACUAACCCUCCUCAAAGGCAUUAUCCUGGUAUAUAUGGUAUUCUUUUGGCAUGAUUGGCAUAUUGUAGCAUCUAGUUUACUACAAUUUCCCUCCUUUUUCUAAUACAAUUGUGAACCCUUUAGUACAGUGAAAAUAUAUAUAUAUAUAUAUAUAUAUAUAUAUAUAUAUAUAUAUAUAUAUAAUUUUUUUUUUUUUUUUAUCCCAACCCAUAUAUGGUUGAUGUAAAACCUCUGUUUUUCCCAUUUAAAUUGCAGGCAUGUGGCGUAAUAGUGGAGCUAAUUAAAAGCAAGAAAAUGGCUGGGAGAGCUGUGCUUCUGGCAGGACCUCCUGGAACUGGCAAGGUAUCUUAUUUUUCAACAUGUUUUUCACCUGCAUCCUAUUUAGCAGUGGUUAAUGCAAAGCAUGAAACUUGGAAUUUUAUUUUUAUUUAUUUAUUUAUUUUGGGGAGUUGAGAGAGACCCACAGUAAUUCCCAGUAAUGCCCCCUUGUGUUAAAAUAUUUAUAACUCUGAAAAUCCCAUUACAUAGAAAUCUAAACUCACUGACUUUUGAGUGUUUUUUUAGCUUUUUCAAAACUUAUGUCAGGUAGGAUAAAGUUCUCACUGAUCCUGGUUUAAUCUGAAAUUUACCUAUCUACCAUGUGGUUGACCCUAUAAGGAUUUGUUUAAUUUAACAUGCGUGCAAUGGUGAGGUUCCUUGAGAUUCGGGUGUGGAAGCUGGUACUUCCCAAAACAGUCUCAUCUCUCUGGCCAUAACUAGGUAUAGGUCAGGAAAGGUACAGGGAAGCAGCGACUCUGGGUGUCCUCAAAUUCAUAUAGUGUGAGUCAAUAUGAAAAAUAUGAAGACAGAAUAUAGUGUACUAUAUUCUAUUGGUGGUGAGGUAAAAUAAGAGAAAUGCCACUUACAAUUUUCUGGAGGUAAUGUUCAGCUGCAGGUAUGUGCCUGGGUGGUAUGAUCCCCGCAUGUGAAUAUGUCGCUCAGCUUGGUUCCUUGUAGAUGAUUGGUCAGGGUCAAGGGCCAGUUGAAAUGUCGAGCAUUUACGGGCAUUUUCCCUCCAAAUUGCAGUUUUACAGAUAUUCAUCAACUACAUAAAAUGAGAAUAAAACCAGAAAAUUGUGCUCUGUUUUGUUGGUGUAAAUGCAUAAUAAAAGGAGGUAUAUUCACAUAAGGAAAGAAAUUUUUUUUUUUUUUUUGCUUAAUUAUCCUGUGUAGCGUAGGUGGUUUACUCCCCACCAAGCAGGUAAAAAGUGUGGCUCCUCCGGAUAAAAUCUUCAGGGAUAUAAUUAAAAAAGUCCAGGUAAGGUAAAACUAGUUUUUAUUUAAAACAAAAAUAAAACCAAUGACCUAAAACACUGACGCGUUUCACCCAAAGGGAGUUUCCUUUUUUUUUUUUUUUUUUUGCUUUUCUUAUGCAAGUAAAAAUACUUUUUAUUUUGCUUUUUCACCAACAAAACAGAGAGCUAAACCAUGCCAUGAUAGGGUUAGCUUGUUGGCCGAGAGCAAUCAUCUGACUCUUUUUUUUUAGCCAAUGAGGUAGCCCUGCACUGCAUAGCUUAACUCAGGAUCGCCAAUAACUAGGAGUUUCCGGAUAUAUGACUGAGAUCAUCACCUGGAAGUUUCCAGAUAAGAAGUCAAGUUCUUUUAAAAUGGUUAGACUCUUUACUAUGGGGUUGGUGCCAAAGCACGCCUGGUGUUCUUUUUAAUGGGACACUCUAAGCACCAGAACCACUCUGCCAGAGAAGUAGCAAUGGCAGCACAGAGACCAGCACGCCAAGGGUUAAGGGAACGAAGUAAAGUGUGGGGGUUUUUUUUUUUUUUUGUUUGUUUGUUUUGUUUUUGUUGUUUUUUACGAGCUGUGGGAGCCUACAGUAGGUAGGAAAACACUAACUUUCAAAAUGCAGAUUUGUAUGUCUAACUUUAGUGUUCCUUUAAUGUUGAUGUUUUUUUAGCCUACUCCAUAUUCUCUAUUAACAGUGAGGGAGGAUAACGAACAUAAUAUAUUUUACACUAGAGGGAUAUGGACAGUACAGCACUUCAUAGUAGAAUACAUACAAUGCAUAAUUUAAAAAAAUAAAAUUAAAAUAUUUUCACUUCAAGAAGAACUUUAAUCGGUGUGCUUUCUUAAGUUAUGGCUGACUGUUUUUAUUUACAUUGCAUGUAAUUUAAACAUUAAAGGACCACUAUAGUGCCAGGAAAACAUACUCGUUUUCCUGGCACUAUAGUGCCCUGAGGGUGCACCCACCCUCAGGGUCCCACUCCCGCCGGGCUGGAUGGCAAGGAAAGGGGUUAAACUUACCGGGCGGCGAGCACUUCUCUUCGGCUGAAUGCGCAUGCGCGGCAGGAGCUGGGCACGCAUUCUGCCAGUCUCAUAGGAAAGCAUUUACAGUGCUUUCCUAUGGACGCUGGUGUCUUCUCACUGUGAUUUUCACAGUGAGGAGCACGCAAAUGCCUCUAGCGGCUGUCAAUGAGCUGCUAUGUUUAUUUAAAAAAGGGUUAAUCCUAGAGGGACCUGGCACCCAGACCACUUCAUUAAGCUGAAGUGGUCUGGGUGCCUAGAGUGGUCCUUUAACUUUAAACUUAUUAUGGUAUUUUUUUUUUCUGCUAAAAUUUUGUCCUUUUCCAGGAAACAUUUAUGCUCUAAAAUAUAUUUGCUUUGUUUUUCACAAUUAUAGACUGCACUGGCUCUUGCAAUUGCUCAGGAAUUAGGUAGCAAAGUCCCUUUCUGUCCCAUGGUUGGUAGCGAAGUCUAUUCCACUGAAAUCAAGAAAACAGAAGUUUUGAUGGAGAAUUUCCGCAGAGCCAUUGGUAAGUGGUAGAAACAUUUUAAUUUACUAUUACUUGAAAAAGUAGUUUGAUUUUUAAACUGUGUUUUUGUUUUUUUUUCUUUCUCUCUUCCAUCAUGACACUUGGUUAUCGUCUAUUGGCAUGCAUUGAUUCCCUCCUCUUUCAAUAGAGUGUGCGUGAAAUGAAACUGCAUUCAAGGCGCCAACACCGCUUUAAUGCAUUUUAUUGCUUUUAUUUUAAAUAAUUUUUGUUGAAAUGUUCAUAGCCAUCCCUCGCAGUGGAGGUUAACUUCCAGCACUUUGCUGUUAAAGUAUAGGAUGCAUUAUAUUCACACAACUGAUGUAAGAAAGUCAUAUGAAACACGUGGAAGCACAUGCAAUAGGGCAGAAAUGCGAAGUGAUUUAUAGGCAUGCCCACCUGUGCUCUGCAAUGUCAUACAUACUAUCUCUGUACACACAUCAACAUCCCCAGUCUACCCCCCCCAUGCCCAUCGCCGCCUCACUUCCACUCCGGCUCCAAUCCAUCCGUCAUCCCAUUCCUGGGGCCCCUAUCAUAAAAUGUUGUGUGAAGGAACUACGAGCUGUCUCUUGUUGUCUGUGGUAAUCGGCUGGAUUGCAGCUGCAGCACUUGUUCGUGGCUCCUUUUGGGUCAUCCCCCUGAUCAUUAGCUUUAGUAGGUGUUCAAAUGUCCCUAUUUGUGAUCUGACCUUCCAGGAGGGGGCCUGUACAGAAAAAUUCUGGAAGUUGUAGUUAAAUUUCUGUUUUUCCUCCCUGUGUCCUUCCUAACCGUGUCAAAUCAUGCACAAUCAUGCAUAGAGAGGAACUCAAGCAGUUUACAGCACUGUGUUGACUCUCAGGAUCCUGCUAGUCAACACAGAAAAUGGUGAUAUGACGCUGAAGGGAAGUGAGUACUAAGUAGCCAGCCAAUGACAAGAUAGACAAAGGACAUGGUUCUUGGCUAUAGCUCCAACCUUUGUCUACCUUCAGGUUGCCCACGAGGAGAUAUAACACAUUAUCAAAGUGAAUCUAUAGUCUUCAAAAUAACACCCAUCCAUUUGCAUUUAAAAAAUAAAUUAAAGACCCACUCCACUGGCCAAAUACAUAAAGAAUAAAGCUCAUUGUUUAGCAUAUAUGUCCCUAAUGGAGUGAUCUAAAAACAGCUUGCAAAAGCUUCAGAUCUCCUGUCUGCAGCCUUUAAAAUCCCUCGCCUUCUAAACAAUCUCUGCUCAGUGAGAAGUCUUUGCAAGGCAGGUGCCUUAAACUAAAAGUGCAGAUUUCUAUUGAAAUCUGCACUUAUGUAAAUGGAAUAGUAGACACACUUUUUACACAUAAAGCACUUUAGGAAGAUGGAGUGCUUUGGGGAUCUGGAGUGUCCCUUUAAAGGGACACUCCAGACACCCAGACCACUUCUGCCCAUUGGAGUGGUCCGGGUGCCAACUCACACUACCCUUAACCCUGCAACUGUAAAUAUUGCAGUUUUCAUAAGCUGCAAUAUUUACCUUGCUGGGUUACCUCCUCCUCUAGUGGCUGUCACUUCCGGGUUUAUAGCACACAUUUUGUGUGCUAUAGCGUCGCUGGACGUCCUCCCGCUAUGUGAGGACCUCCAGCGUCGCUGAAAUCCCCAUAGGAAAGCAUUUUCAAUGCUUUCCUAUGGGGAGGUCUAAUGCGCGUGGGAGUGCUGCCUUAAGAGACUUUAGUCGUUCCUCUGGUUUUUGCAUAAAUCAUUGGAGAUGUAGCAAAUUUAUUUAUCUCUUCCAUGCAUGAGAGAGGGCAUCUCAUACACGAGUGCUCCUUUAACAUUUUUCAAAACUAUUGUACAAUUUGUGAAGAGAAAAAUCUGUACAAUUGACUACUUUUCCUCUAAAGAAUAUUAAAGAUUGUAACUGAUUUUAUUACCGACUUUACAUGAAAAGUAUAUAUCAAAAUCCAGAGAGAACAAAUGUGCUGCGUAUUGAAUCCUGGCAGUGCAUCAUUUAAAAACCCCAAAUUAAAUGGACUGUGACAGAGGCGGUGUGUCAAUACAGCGAUCGAAGAGGAUCACCAAAGUGUCUUUAUUGAAAUAGCCAGCAAUGGUCUUCUAAAACCCUGCGUCCGCCAUCCAGACAAAUCUUCUUUUUUAAUCCCAGAGUCCAAUAAAGCUUGACCCUUUAUUGAUUUUUCUACAAAGAAAGGGACCAGUCUGCAUUAUGUAGUGUUUAAAUUCCUGUCAAGUCAGUGGAAGGGGAGGGGUGGGGAAACUCUUGUAGUAGAAAUGAAAAGAGAGCAGUCUACAAUAUUUCCUCAGUGUGAUGAAGUUGCCUGUCAGGGAUUUGGAAAUUUGAACCAACAGAUGAAACUCGUGUCCUCUGUGUUGUCACUCGCAGAGAUAAGACUCAGAGUGAAAUCAUCACUGAGAACUGCUUCUAUUGUUACCCCGAACAUUCUCUAAAUGUCAGCACAAGGAAAGGUUCUAAACAAAUAUUAGAUUUAGUGAAAGACUGGGGGAUUCUUUAGUGGAAUUUCAAAUUUUGUGCAAGGAAUGGGAUUAAAAGUAAGCACUCCUAAUAGGAUUCCUUCGUUCUCUCUAAGUGAAAAUCAUAAUCUACCAAAUUGAACCCCUGCAGAAUCCAUAGCACCUUUUAAUUGCAGACAAAGCAAGUGUUUUGUGAUAUGGUAAGCCAUGGCUUACAAAUAUUGUAUGAGGGCCUUUUUUUGUUUGUUUUUCCCCACCAUUGGACAUGUUAAUAGUGUGCAAGAUACAUAGUUACAUUUUCAAGUAUUCAAAGGAAUAAAAUGUAUAUUUUUAAAUAUAUAAAAUAAACAUUUGCCAAAUAUCACUUCAUUGAUAAACCUUUUAUUUUUUUUCGUAAUAACGUUUAGUUGUUUCCUAGUCGUGUGAUAGUUUACGGUUUAUAUUUUGAAUGGGUUCUCAAAUUUAUGGACAGCUUGUCAUUAUUUUAGUCCCCCCCCCCCCAUUUCUGCAUUGUGAUUGGCUGAAGAUGCAUUUUCACUCUUUAUUCUUUCUCCCAGUUUGCAUGCUCACUCUUUAUUCAUCCCGAUUAUUGCUCCAUAUGCUCUCUUUUAUGACUGCCCAUUAAUGUUCAUUUUCGCUAUUUGACAAUUUUACCUAAUCUGAUCUAACGCUGCAUCGUGUACUCUCCCAACAGAUUGCCCUGGAGGUUGCAUAAUAAAAAGGGAAAGCAAAAUGGGCACUUGUGCUAUUUCAGCAAUGUUGGGUGGGAGGAAAAGGGGUGGGGGGGCACAAAGGAAAAUGUCUCUUUUAAUGUUGAACAAAUCAAAAUUUUUCUACUUCAUGCAUGGAUUAUUCUUUUUAGCUGAAUUUGAAGUUAUUUUUCUCCUCCGCAAGGGCAACAGAAAAUUGUUUCUGCCAAUGAUUUAAGCUGCUUUCAUGUACUAGUAAUAAAUUGUGUAUUAGAGGCCAGCCCGUGAUCUUAUUUAAACUCAAAUUUUACAGCAGUCGUAAUUCAGAGGGCUUGCUGUUGCUUACUUGUUCUCCCAUUUGUCUAAACACUUUGAAUAAGUUCACACUUGGAUUGCAACAUAAAAUAACCAUAUAAACUCCUAAAGGACUGGUCCAGUUUACAGUACAGAAAUUUUAGUGAUGACAUGUAACGAAUACUAAUUCAUGUGCAUAACUUGUCUUGACACAGUUGUAAUGUGGGGGGCAUACGUGAAUUUGAUUAUACAGAUAGCAUGUAAAUUAACCCCUUGGGGUUUGUUAAACUGUGUAUCGUGUUGGACAUUGACAACAUAAUUGCAGGUAUUGCAUUUAAAAUAGCCAAAUUGGAAUAAGCUAACUGCUCUGCAGGACUGGUGGUUUGGUACAAGCACAACCCAUUUAAGUUGGUGUAUAUUGCAUUUGAGGAUUAUGGGAAGAUUUGUGUUUUACUAAUCGAAGCACACUACCAUGUGAAAAUGUCCCUAUUACUUUUAGACUUGUGCACAAAUCCCUUUCAGUUGCUUUGAACAAAUGAAAUGCCUGUCAAUCUAUAGACAAAUGAAUUGAUUUCUUUGAGGCGGGUUAUAGAUUAACAGACAUUUGAUUUGUUCAACGCAGCCUAAAGUAUAGAAGUGUGCUAGGUGGUGUGUCUUGAAGUUUGGAAGUAGUGAAGAAUGGUUUAUGGAGAUUAAAAGAAAUGAGCUUUUAAUUGUAAGCAUCUAAAUGUUGGUACACAUACUUAGGAUUUACUUAAGAUUACCAAACAAGUGGUACUUUCUGGAUGCAAAUCCCACGCGGCAUAUGGGUUGAGAAAAGGAGAACCUGACUUACUUAUAGUGUACUCGUUGUGCAAAACAUUUAGAAAACAGUUUGAUCUACGCAUUACUCUUGCUGCUAGAAAAUGUAUACAUUUUAUAUAAAAAUCUAAAAAGAAAUUCUUACGCCUUUACAAUUAUUAAAUUAACAUUCAGGCAGCUACUAUAAAGUUGGUUGCUCAACCAGAUGCAAUACAUUUUCUCCUCCUUAUGCUUGGAAGCAAGAGAACUCUACCACGGUUAUUUACCAAAGUGAGAAUUCAACUUUUUUGCUCAAAGUAGAACAAGUUUUUAAGUCAACUAUGCUUUCAGUUCAGCUACUCUGGCCUUAAAUUUGAAUUCUCACGUUAACGCUAUUCUGGUGCUUCAAAUACAAUGCGUUAAGUUUUCUCUAUGUUGAUUUGCCAUCAGGUCUCCGAAUACGUGAAACUAAAGAGGUUUAUGAAGGUGAGGUGACGGAAUUAACGCCUUGUGAAACAGAAAAUCCAAUGGGCGGAUACGGCAAGACCAUCAGUCAUGUUAUUAUUGGCUUAAAAACUGCAAAAGGAACCAAACAGCUUAAGGUAGGUUCAAAAUAUAUUCAAUAUAAGGUUUUCAAACUGGUUAUUUUGGCCUAAACAUUGCAUUUUUUGUUUCUCCUGUACACUAUUAAUCCUUUGAGUAACACCUUGGAGAUGCACAAUCGCUAUUCAGAUCCCUUCUUAUUCCCAAAGUGGGUAGACUUGAUGUUACUUUCAUUUGCAUUCCAAAUCUGUUCCUGCAGAAAAUAUAUUACUAUUUUUUGAUUUGUGGAAUUUUGUAUUUUGCUAGAUUUUUUUUGUUGUUGUUGAAGGGUAGGGAUGUUCUUUUUAUCCAUCCAGCUAUUCUUGUUCUUUUCUUAAAUGUAGUUGCAGUGAUCUACAUAAACCAGGUCCCAUUGCCUUCUGCAAAAAUAUCUGAAUUUGUUUCUGUACUAUUACAUGUAUAAGCCUUAUGUAACUUUUUAUACAUUUAUAAUACUAAAUAGAUCAGUGUGUUUUGGAUCUUUCUACAUGCUUAGUCGAGGAGCAAGCUCAUUUGUUUUUGCAAGUUAUUUUAACUUUAAUAAUAAUAAAAAAAUUUUUAGUUCCAAACUAUAACAAUUAUACUUUAUAAUAAUACAAUUUUUUUUAGUUCCAAACUAUAACAAUUAUACUAACCUUAAAAGAAAAAACUUAUCAGAAUUAUCAAUGAGCAGCAGGAAAUACCAAUGGUCUGAAAUCUCAAAUUGAUCUCCCUUUAUUCCCACUGAUUUGUAUUGUUUUACAGCUGGAUCCCAGCAUCUAUGAGAGCCUGCAAAAAGAACGUGUGGAAAUUGGUGAUGUUAUUUACAUUGAAGCAAACAGUGGAGCAGUGAAGGUAAAGAAGUGCAAAAGGAAUAAUGUGCUAUAUUGGCCCGAUUGGAGUUUCUUAUCUUGCAACCUUAAAUCUCCACACAUUUUGUAGUGAAUACCUCUCAUUUAUGCUGUGGUGUUUUGUUUUUUCAUAGACUUUCAACUGUUGUCUACAUCUCCCAUAAUGCUCUUACAGCCAUAGUGCUGCCAAUACAUCAUCUGUUGUGCCGAAGCUUGCCUUCACGUUUGUUUUAUUAUUGAUCGGGGGGGGGGUACAGUUAUUUUUUUUAUUUUUAUUUUUACCAUGUUGACUUCUCCAGUUCUAGAUUCCUCAUCCCACAAUUGUCCAAUAUACACAGUGUGUGCAUGUGAAGAAAAAUCUACUUAUGGUAGCCCAAUCUACUUGUCCUGACACGCAUUUGUUUCAGAUUGGGGCUCUGGACAUCAACAGAAUUUCAGUUUUUUUUUUCAUUUGCGCAAAUUAUGACUUUAAUGAACAACCCUGUUUUUCUCAUCCUCUGCCCCCUGUAAUGUUUGUGGGCAUACGCACUGGCUGAAUGUAUGUAUUUGUGUUUUUGCCCUCCUCCUGGGUGGCUUUCUCCAGUAAGAAGGAUUGGUGGUGUAGCAGAGCUGCAAUAUUAAAUUCCACGAUCUCCGCUGGUACAGAAAGUAAUCCAAAGUAAGGCAAUAUCCCAAAUCCCCCCAGUAACCGGACGAAACACAGUUCUGGGAGUCAACUGAGCUUUUAUUCACAAGUCACAGUAUUUAUGCAAGUCCCCAUGCAAGGUGUUUCCCUACUGACAUUGCAGGGGUUAUACAGUAGGGGACUACAUGGGGUACCUAACAAUCUGGACAUUUCUCCCAUCAGGCACUGCUGGACGAGAGGGAUACUCCCACUGGAAUAUACCGUUAAGUGGAUUAUCCGUCCGUGCAGCAGAACCAACAUUUUACAUUAAAAUAGAUAACUUUUCCAUCAUUCACGUUAUUUAAACGAAUGGACGUUCUGUAGAUAGCUGGGGUCUGAGUGCACAUUUCGUGAGAAUACCGCUCAGAUCCCAGCAUAAAUAACCGAACGCCCUACGAAAUACACUUUAACAUUAUGUUCGCCUAAAAGUACCGAACACCGAUGGGGAACCAAAAUAGUGAAAGAACAGAGCUCCCGAACGGCCUGGAAGCCCAGCGGUGUUCGCGCCGUCAAGUAGCUGAUUUCAGUUCCACGCGCUCGACGACCAAACACCGCUGGGGAAACAAAGGAUCCAAGAUGGCCGCCCACCACGUGGUUGGUAGCUGAACGACUGCCACCUUGGAACGCAAUUACCUACCGAUUGCAAUCGGUUAAUGGGUGCCACCCGACCCUCUGUGUGUGGGCUCCUGGGUGGUAUCUCAUUCGUUUCACGAACAGCCGGUAAAGUCCCUGUUCGUGAAACGAACACAUGAAUGCUAGCGGCUUUCGGCUGCUAGCGUACGAAUGCUUCAGAACAUAGCAGUACAUACAUAUAUUAAAAUAUAACAGUCCAGCGGCUAUUACAGACAAUCUUUGCAGAUACAGUCCAGUAACCUAAAAGUGGCUAGGUUUGCCACAGGUGGAAGUAAUCCCUUGUGGUCCAGCUAGAGACCCAGAUCCCUCAUGGUUGGAUGGAGUGUAUAUGUUCUGCACAUCUGGUUGGUGCAGGCCACAGCUGGCUCUUCCUCAGUGUGCCAACACUCCAUUAUACAGAGCUCGGGUUGGGAAUCCCAGUGGCUGUGCUUUGACUCAGUGAGUGCCAACCACCCACCCCUUGAAAUGCAUAGUGCCCAGAAAGUUUUUUCCUGGUUGUCGGGCAACAGGAAUUCCUUAUCCCUGUACAGUGUGUAAGAGUGUAUCACAGAAUUCCACAGCAUUAAUAAAACAAUGUGUAGUCUGUCUGAAAGUAUCACAGAACCCCUCCAGCAGAUAGUUGCUACCAGAGACACACUUAGAGAAAUGCUUUCAGAUGUGCAUUCCAAACACCUUCAUGGUAUACACACACAGACCCUGCCAGAGAUACACAUAUACACACUGCCAGGCACACCUACACAUUGGCAGUGUGUAGUGACUGGUAAUAUUUCUGUGUGGCAAAGCCACUAUAUGCACAAGUACACUGCUUAUCAUACUACUAGACACACAAUGAUAUUUUUGUCUUUGUCUACAAGUUAGAAGCAGAUGGGUGGCUGCCCUAAGCGUAAUUGGGGACUUGGCUUGUAGAGGGCUGCCUAGGAUCACGGCAUGGAUUUAAAGGACACUACAGGAAUCAUAACUACUUGAAGUUAUUUUGGUGCCUGGGUUCCCUGUUUUUUUUAAUAUAUAUAUUUUUUUUUUAUUAAAUCCUGUAGUGUUUGGUGUGACUUUACAAACCAUAAUAUGACCUUUACCUGAAGGUUCUAGAACAGUCAUUCACUCAUUUCUCCCAGAGAUAUGUACACAGAUAAAGCCUUAGUAAUUUGGAGCACUACAAUGGAUGGCAUUUAUUUAUAAUUUUUUAUUUAUUUUUUUUAGUUGAUUUUGAGACAUUGCUAUUUGACACAUGUAUUCUGUUUAUCAGAGCUGAGCUUUGGUGAUAGUUAUAUAAUAUUUAUUUUUAAGACUGUUACAUGAGUGUUUUUUUUUUUUGUUUUUUUUUAAUAUUACAUGGUGAUAUGGAGACACUUGGAAAGGUUCUUUUCACAACUGUCAGAGAGGCUAUGAUCUGUAAGCAAGUUUGCUCUUUUUAUACCUGUUGUCUGCAGCUUGUCAGGCAUUUGGCAGUCAUACGAACAGUGCACCUGUUACUUAUACCUCCUCCCUCUCUCUCUUCCACCACACAGAGGCAGGGACGAUGCGAUACCUAUGCUACGGAAUUUGACCUUGAAGCUGAGGAGUAUGUCCCUUUGCCGAAGGGAGAUGUUCACAAGAAGAAAGAAGUGAUUCAGGAUGUCACACUGCACGACCUGGAUGUUGCCAAUGCAAGGCCGCAGGUAGCAACACAGACCACAUAAUGGAUUGUAUGGGAAAAGUCUGUUUACAGUAUAGUAUUCUGGUAUACAGAGUGCUGCAUGUUUUAUUUUUUUUAUUUUUUUACCCACUAUACAAGUAAAGCUUGUUUAUUUGUUUGAUUUGCACUUGUCAAACAUAGUCAUGAUAUACAAUAGACGAUCACUGUCCACCAUGUAUAACAAAAACGAAAAGCAAAUUAAAAUACAAGUGAUACGUCACGAGUAGUGAUGUUCCGAACGGUUCGCCGCGGACUCAUCAUUGAGUAAACUUUGACCUUGUACCUUACAGUCAGCAGACACAUUCCAGCCAAUCAGCAGCAGACCCUCCCACCUCCUGGACAGCUCACUAAGAAUGCAGCUUCAAAAUGGAUGCUGUACAGGAGGUGGGAGGGAGGGUCUGCUGCUGAUUGGCUGCUGGGACAUCACUAGUCACUAGUAACAUUAAAACCAUGAUACAAUACAAGAUCUCUGUCAGAGUAGAUUGUGGCAUAAUGUUGUACACAAGAGACAUAAAGGUAUCUUGUCAGUAUUAUUAAUAAAUGUACGUAAAUAACUGAAGACGCUAUAGGUAAGUAACAUUGUGAACGUGCAGUACUUGUUUUUAAUUAUUUUAUACCUGGGACAUAGAAACAUAGAAUUUGACGGCAGAUAAGAACAAUUCGGCCCAUCUAGUCUGCCCAAUUUUCUAAAUACUUUUAUUCGUCCCUAGCCUGAUCUUUAUAGUUAGGAUAGCCUUAUGCCUAUCCCACGCAUGCUUAAACUCCUUUACUGUGUUGGACGAUGGAUAUGAUCUGUUAUAUAAUGACAAUAAGCUUUUUUUUAUUAGAUUAUAUUGUUAUUAGAUAGCAUGGGAGAUAAGUUUUUGGUUUUUGUUUUUUUUGGUUUUUUUAACUUGAAUUCGCCCAGAAAGUCUUUCUUAUGAGCAAUGUUUUGGCUGUCAUGUAUUCUGUACACACCAUGUCCUUAUUUUCUACUCAUGCAUGUUUUAUUUAAACAUCUAGGGAGGACAAGACAUCCUUUCUAUGAUGGGACAACUGAUGAAGCCAAAAAAAACUGAAAUUACAGGUGUGUACCACAUUAUGUUACUGCUGUUUGAAAAAUUAUGGAAUAUGGAGAGAGGGGAGAGGGAGGUUCCUCUUGCAGGCACACUGCCUGCAAGAUUAGAAGCUAAUUAUACCUGUGCCAGUGUGCAGUGAUGAUAAAUGUUUGCACAAAAUUAAAUUGGGUACCCCAGAAAAGCAUUUCAGGCAGCUUGGGUCAUGUGUUUGGUGUGUAACUAGCCCCACACUGCACAUACAGAUUCCUUGAUCCACGAUCACUUCAAAAAGCAGAUGUGAUGUAGAGUGGAGUAACCCAUGUUCCUACCUGGAGUUGAUAUUUCCAUUCACAGCUUUUGUGAGCCAAUAUGUAAAUUUGGAAACCAUUAUUAUUGAUGAGGUUUAUGCAGGUGGCAACCGAAAACAUAGGAACUCUGAGAUCGGGCAAAAGCUAGAAAAACUCUGUAGUUUGCCCUUCGGUAAAUCCCCACUCAGGUCUCAAACUAGUGCCAUUACAGAAUGUAUUUAUAUAAUUUGCAUAUCAGACUAAUCCCACCCAUAAGUGCAGUCAAUAUCCAAAAUGCAGAUGGCAAGUUAUGAGCUAGACAAUUCUUAAUAAGUUCAUGAAUUCUGUUUUUAACUUUUCUCCUUCAUAUUUUAGACAAACUGAGAGGGGAGAUCAAUAAAGUAGUGAACAAGUACAUUGAUCAAGGGAUCGCAGAACUGGUACCCGGUGUGCUAUUCAUAGAUGAGGUGCACAUGCUGGACAUUGAAUGUUUUACCUAUUUGCACCGGGCCCUGGAGUCCUCCCUCGCUCCUAUCGUCAUCUUUGCUACAAACCGUGGAAAUUGUGUCAUCAGGUACAGUGUUCAGGAUCUCGAAUAUUUACAUUGCUGGUAAAUUAUAUGCCAAAUGAGGAAACCUCCAGUUUGCUAGUUUGGUCUAAAUUUGCAAUUCCCUUUUCACUUUGUCACAAUUUCCAGCAUGGUGGAUUUAUUUAUUAGAAUAUUAGUUUGUGGUUGCAGGUUAUUAGACAAUUUUUAUCUCUGAGCGUCAACUUGUUUAUAAGUAUUCUCCCCUAUUUGAAUGUGCUUGGUUUUCCACUAAAUGGCAAUAUGAAUUCAUAAUGAAAAAUACUUAUUGAAAUUUUUUUUUUUUUUUUUUUUAAAUAGCUGCGACCAAUUACAUUAUCAUUACCGUUGUAGUGGUUAUGUUGCCAGGAGUCCCCUGGUAAUGUUGACAGUAAACUGUCCAAACUAUUUAAAAACCUUUUUGACCUUUAUCCGGGUCCCACAUUGUUUCGUGUCUAAGCUAAUAUGCUAAAGUGUAGAUUUAUACUUCCGCAUUAUCAUAUCCACUCAAACCAAGUAUGAACAUUAUUCAUUAAUUGAGAGUGUAGCCAGUGACUCUGUGCCAAAUGAUCUUGGUGCUUGGAGUGCCCCUUUAUUUAUUGCAGGUAAAGAACACGUGUUUGAGCUCUUCUUAAAGGCAGCAAGUGAGAUCUCCUAGUUUAAUAUGACAAACUUGUUGCCUCAUCAAUUAUGGAAUUUAUUUCAGCAAUUGUACAUAGCUGGUGUCUCCCCUGCAGGUUUAUACUUAUUUAAAAGCAAGCAUUGUUGAUUCCUGCUCAUGGAUUUAAUGCCAUCUAGUGGAAACUGGCUGGUACAGCUUUAAAAUGUGUGCGUAUUACUGUUUAGCUGUAGUUGUAUAUGCUUUGGGCAGAAGCAUUUACAAUUACUAUUAUUAUUAUUGACAUUUAUAUAGCGCCAACAGAUUCCGUAGCGCUUUACAAUAUUAUGAGAGGGGAUUUAACUAUAAAUAGGACAACUACAAAAAACUUACAGGAACGAUAGGUUGGAGAGGACCCUGCAAGUACAUUAUGUAUUUAGCAGAGGAUUGUCGUGUGUACCCACUUUGUUGAAUACAAGUUUUUUUGAACUCAGCUGUUCUGUAUUCCACUAUUCACCUUUAAAUUCUCUCUGUUUGUAUUAUAGAGGCACAGAAGAUGUACUGUCACCACACGGAAUUCCCCUGGAUCUUCUAGACCGAGUCAUGAUUAUACGGACCAUGCUCUACACUCCAUUAGAAAUGAAGCAGGUAAGCAUGGUGCAAAAUGAAAAUAAUAAAUUAUACCAUGUUUUGUUUUGUAACAAUAGACCGUUAGCAUUCUUUUUUGCAUGCAUGAUAAGAGAUAGAAUUAUGUUCAGUAAAGUGAAGGCAUGCGAAGCACUGUCAUAACAUUUUGCCCUAUAGGACAAAAAAAAGUGAUCAGUCUACACAAGCGGUGCUCAAAAGUUAUAAAUCUCAAAAAGCUGGGGCUCUCUGUUCUACACAUGUUUAUUAUAUAUGCAAAAUUGCUCGUGUAGUGUAGUCAUUCUGCUGAUACUUGUUCCGCAGCAAUGUUCACACACUGUGAUUUAUAUAAUGGCGAUUCUCUAUGUCAGGGCUCAAAAUUAGACUUAUUAUGUUGCUAGAAAAGCCUUAAAGGGGCACUAUAGUCAACAGAACCACUAUAACUUAAUGUAGUGGUUCUGGCUUCUAUAGCAUGUCCCUGCAGUCUUAGUACGGUACACUGCUUCUUCAGAGAAACAUCUGUGUUUUCAUUGCUGCUUAGGAACACCUCUAGUUGCAAUUAUGCUUUGCAUUGAGAUGCUGAACGUUCUCCAUAUAUAUGUAUUGAUUCAGUGCGUGUCUAUGAGGAGAUUUUGAGUGGCACAGCGCAACGUUUUGCUGCGCACGCGCAAUAGCCUCCCAUUGCUUUCCUAUGUGAAAGCAAUCAAUUGGCAGAGAUCAUAAUGAUCUCAGCCAUGGAGCCAGGGCCAGCUGUGGUGUAACCAGCACAGGAUGGGGAAAAAAGGUACGUUUUUACCCUUUGAUCUCCAAGGAGAGGGAGAGCUGAGCUCCUAAAUAUUGAUUCCUACACUAUAGUGUUAAAUUACUCACCAGUGCUGCUAUAUCUUAUGACUGCUUGCUCUAGCUGUCAGGCAAGCCUGUGUGUACUACUAUGUACAGCAAAAAUAAAGGGUAAAAAAAAAUGAUCCAUCAGUGCAAUACAUAACAUGCUCACAAUGGGGGAAUUUCUACUCACCAGAGCUGUUUUCAAAGGCGAGUAGGCAUUUUGUGGCCUACGGUGUGUGGUUUUUUUUUUUUUAUGUUUUUUUUUUUAUUUCAACUUUUUGGGGGUUAACCCAUUACUUGCCAAUAAGAAUGUUCUUUGAUCCCUACAAGUCGUGCUCUGUGAAAGGGGUUGAUGUACUGGGUUUUUUUUGUUUUUUUUUUUAGAAUAGCUGCAUCUGUCGUUUUCACAUAGUCAACACUAGUCCAGGGUUUAAUCUAAGUGGGCACAUCCUUAUCUUGUUUACAGAACUGCCAGUGUGAAAAAUACCUGUAUUAUGAGAGACUUGCUAUCUCAGCAGUACAAUAGACAACAUAGUUAUCCCAACUUCUCCUUAUCACUCAGUACGGAGCACUGACAUCAAGGAGAGUUUAACGCCCUCCCUCGUUUAGCAUACUCCCCAACAUUCUGAGGCUCUUUCCAUAUAGUUAACAGAGGGAGCUUGUUGCACAUGGCUUCAUAAAGUGAAGACUGGUGCCAAACAUUUCACUAUUAACUGGAUAGUUCAGAGACGGAGAAUGUGCCAUGUACUGAUGGUGUACUAAAGCAUUUGAUAGUUUAAUAUGUUCUGUUCAGCUAGCUGUACAACAUGCGCACAACCUCCCAAUCUAUGGGUAAAGUUUGAUCCUUCCAAAGCUGUUUAUUGGCUGUGCUGGGAUAUGCAUUAAAUUCUAAAUUUCCAACAAAUGUGGCUUGUUUGCUGUAUUAAUUAGUUUGGAUUAUCCAUGGUCUAAAAUUAAAAAUUGCUAUAGUAAUCAUGAUCAAAAUUUAUUUUAUUAAUUUCCAUUCUUUAAUUUUAAAACCAAUUUUAACAAAUCCUAGUAACUGGCUCCAUUAGUGUUUCUGGAUUAUUUUACCUUCUUAAUUAGGUAUUGUGGCUGAAGUCUGUAACUAGUAUUUGCUGUGUGAAUUGCUUUUCAUAAAUGGUCCCCCAAAACUACUCACUCCAGUGCCCUGCAAAUAACUUGAAUACUAGUACUUCACUGGACUAGUAUUUAAAUAUUAAACAGUGAAUUAGUUAAUUUGUUCACUGACCUCAUUAUAAAAUGGUAUUUACUGCCAUUUUAACACUCAUUGUGUGUGUAUCAUUAACACAUUAAAAUAGGAUCUUAAUUGUUACCACUUGUCAGUGUACUUUUUACCAGACUAACAUCUGAAUUGUGUUCCUGAAAAUGUGGAGUACAGCAACGAUCAUCCACUUGUUGUACAAUUUAGAUUCUGCACUUACAGUGGUACCCUAGGAGUGCAGUUUGUCAAGAUGUAGGCGUUCUCCAUUUAUUUAGCAGACACAUUGCCGUUGCCUAUUAAAUAAAUGGGGUGACAGCUUACUAAUUUCUCUUGUAUCAGCGAUAUGUCUCUAGAGUGAAAGGGUUAACAGCGCCAUUUCCAAAAUUGCUGCCAUGAGAACACAGGUAUUUCACUGAGGACUCUUUAAUUUUGUUUCUAGAUCAUAAAGAUCCGAGCACAGACGGAGGGGAUAAACAUUAGUGAAGAAGCCUUGAAUCAUCUUGGAGACAUGGGCACCAAGACAACGUUAAGGUAAGUGAUGAGCAUGGCGGCUUGUCAAUCUUCCCAUCCCAGCCAGGCCUUUUAACAUUACCACCGUCUGAGAAACUCCUCAGGCAGAUGGAUGGUAGGUGUCUGGUUUGUGAACAGCUCAGGUGCAUUAGGCUAAGAUCAUCCUUGAUAUUACUGUCUGGAUGUGCUGAUCUACACAGUAGGCACCCCCAAUACAGUCAUGUGCAAUUUAGAAGCUGGAUGUUGUUACACCCCCUCUCCAUAUUUAAGUGUUACUUUAAUGUAUAUAGGUAUUUUUCAUACUCCACAUUCUUCAAAGGGAAAUUUUUGAAGACCACAAUAGUCAUUUCUAAAACUAUCCUAGUUGGUUGCUUUCUAUUUAUAUAUUGCCUAAACAAAGAAAAUACUACUUCUAUAAGCUCUACUUAUUAACUACCAUAUUGAUAAUAGGACUUUGAAAUACUUUAGAUAAGAUCAUUCUAAUACGAAAUGUAAAGUCCGUAAUCUGUUCCCACAAUCUGAGAACUGCAUCCCACCAUGUCUUGUGGGGAGACAUAAAAAAAUUGUGGGAUUCCUGCUUGGCAUUAUGGAAGCAUACAGAUGGACCAACAGCAUAAGCUAGGACUCCAUGUGUGUUUACCAUUAGUCUAGUCCUUUCCUAAUUAUUAAUAAUAUCAUCAUCAUUAGUACAGGGGUAGGUAACCUUUGGCUGGAGUGCCAAAGCUUGCCUACCCCUGCAUUAGUACGUUUAGGUUACAUAGUUUGAUGUAAGCCUUGCUAUCCACUUCUAGUAUUUAUAAGUGUUACAACAGUCUCAGUCUCUAUUUCCACCUGAAGUUUUUUUAUUUUUAAUCUCCAUUUGCCUUGGCAGAUACUCGGUGCAGCUGCUAACGCCAGCCAACCUUCUCGCUAAAAUCAAUGGCAAAGACGGCAUCGAAAAGGAGCACGUGGAAGAAAUCGGUGAGUUGUUUUACGACGCCAAAUCAUCUGCUAAAAUCCUUGCUGAGCAGCAAGAAAAGUACAUGAAAUGAAGAAUAAGGUGGGACCUCUUGACCAGAGCCAGAGGUGGCUUAUAAUCUCAGAGACUGGUUUGCCGAAUCGGUUGAAUAUACUUUGUUCAUAUCGUCAUUGUAGUGAGAUUUAUGGGGGCUGAAGACUUUGACUCCUGACUGAAGCAGUUCAUGUACCACCUGUUCGGAUUGCGAUAAAGUGGACUUUAAUAUUUUUCUUAAAAUGAAAUGUAAAUUAAAUAUUAAAAAAAUGAACGUGUGGUGUUUCUCUCUCACUCUAUUCAUGUGUGCAUGUAAGACUUGUUGAAGUUAAUUGACAAUAGUUCUGGGGCACAUUCAUAUUUGCAUCCUUGUCCAUUUGUUGCCUUUUGUAGCAUAUGCCUUUUGAUUUAUUUACUUUUGCAGUAACAAUCCUAUAAUCUGUAAAGUGACAGUUACUCAAACCUUCAUUACAGUAAAUGCAGUUGCAGCAUUCACUGGUGUGAGGAGUGCAGCAGAGGCAAGUAUACACACAUGAUUGGACGGCAAUAUUACUCAAAGAUGCUUAGGUAUCUACUUGAGAUGUGUUUUGCAGGGGCAAAGCUUGCUGCAGGACUUUCCUUUGCAGCAAGCGUAUUUGUAUAGCCAUUGGUAAGUAACAUUUAAUAUAUGAGGAUUUCGCUUUCACUAUGUUUAGGUAAAAGUUACUCCAAGCAUCAUGACCACUACAGCCACUCACCCGAUGAGAAGGUGGGAUGUUUUGUCAUCCCCAAUGACAAGCUCUCUCCUCUCUCAAAGUGAGCGUGUUGGUACAAUGCUCUUCCAGGGUAGACCAUGCACAGAGCCCUUCUAAAGAGCUUGCGCAUAUUCUUUGAGGGGUGCAGAUAGGAGCAAAGAAAUAAAUUAUUAAAAUCAAUAAAAGAUAACCUUUAUAUCCCCUCUCACUUCUUACCUUUGGCCUGGGAGGCUCCAUUGCAAGCUCUGGUGGUGAGUGAACUGUAGCCUGCAGUGCAUUGGGCUAGAGUUCACUCUUGCAACUUCUGGUUGUUGUGUUGCCAUGGUAACUGCAGCAAUGCGCCAACCUUUUAAAAGGAACCUAUAGGACCUGGUGGGGCUGCAGGCAAGAGUUCCAGGGUGUUUCUCUCCCUCCUCUGGUGGAUUGAAGGGUCGCAGAUCGGUGAGUACGAUAUUUAAUCAGUUGUGGCACUCAUCAGGGGCAGCUUUUGGAUAGCGCUGUCCCUGCAGGGGUCAACAGGGGAGAUCCAGCCUCCUACCAUGGUCGUCGUGGCUCACUGGGCAUUUGCCAGAUGGCCAGUCUGGGCCUGCCUGUACUUAAAAAAAAAUUUCAAUGCUCUUUUGAAAGUGCAUAGGGUGAGUUCCGUGUGCUGGUCCCACAAAGCUUACUUUACCAUAUUUGAGAAGGAAGCUUAUGUGGGUAUUAACGCAUGCACAGGUUGUGAUGUGUUUAAAAGCGAUCUUCCAGCUCAAUUGGGAAUAUGCAUGGGAGAUAGCAAAACUAUGAAGCCAAGUUUGAAAAUGUAACGGUUGCGAAUUCCUGAUUUCUGUAAUCAAAG